AUGGGGACGACUCUGCUCCCAGCCUCGAUAGAGUCGCUCGCCACGGCGUCAUAUUCAUUAUUCGACGAGGUCGGGGGCUAUACGGACCAUGUCUUGACAGCUCGCGCCGCCACACAACCGCUUUCCGCGAGCACACCCCAAUCAAAACCUCAACCACGCCAACCCACGGCCCCGAAUCGCUACUCCACUCCGGCAGCGCGAUGGGCAGCAUUGACUACGCGCGACCCGGCCGCCAGUAAAGCUUUCAUCUAUGCCGUGCGGACAACGAAGAUCUACUGCCGCCCAGACUGCCGAGCAAGACUGGCCCGCAGAGCUAAUGUCGCGUUCUACGACAGCGCUCAGCUGGCGAGACAGGACGGGUACAGACCUUGUAAGCGGUGCAAACCCGAUCCAAUCGUACCAAACAUCAGAGCAGCCCCGACGCCGUCGACUGCGGACGUGAAUGGAAGCGACCCGUCCAUAGUAGCCCAGAUAUCAGAAGUGAUCCGAGAGGAAGCCACGGAUCCAGAGGACGUUCGGACGAAGAUCCAGCAUGCGGUGCGAAUUGUCAGAGAAUCUGCACUACAGGGCCCCAAAUUGAGCCUCUCUCAGCUCUCCAAGGAGGUUGGCCUGAGCAAGUGGCACUUACACCGUGUCUUCAAACGACUGCAGGGCGUGACGCCCCGCGAGAUGGCGGAAAACCUGCGAAGGCGCUCACAUAGUGGCAGUGGUGUAAAUUCUGCACCAGUAGAUGAGAAUCUGCCAGUGCUGGAGGACGACAGUGGAUGGAUGGAUUUUCAGCUUGAUGGACAUGAAGGUGACGCGGGAGAUGUGCCUUUAUCCCUCUCUUAUGCUCCCGGGCCUCCUCCUUUGACUCCAAUGUUGUCAACUCCGUCUACGGAUCAAGCGUUGACGCCCAUGCCCUGGGGCGAUGACAUGGCUUAUGACCCGGUGCUUUUCACACUUGACGGAAUCAAGGAUCAGCAUGUCGAUAUGGACGGGCUUCUCAGUGACUUGUUUCCUGAGUUAUAUGGACCGUGUGACUUGGAUAUUGGAGGUUGGGUUGGGUAA